AUGGACUCAAUCUAUGACAAAGAAUUUGAAGAAGCAGCGAAGGUGUUUUUUGGGGAAAUGGGGAAGUACGUGGAAAAAAUGACCGACUACAGGCGCGAGGAACGCAACGCAAAACUGAAGGCGGACACUCUUAAUGCGGAGGACAAGCGUUCAAAGGAAGAUGUCCGUCGGGAGAUCGACACCAAUUUUUCAAAGUAUUCCCAAACGGUCCUUGCAGUGACUGCAGUGAGUGAUAUAGUAGAUUCCCUUUCAAAUGUUCUUGGCGAUCUGAAGGCAAUAGUGGAGUUCGAAGGGAAAAAAGUCCUUGAAACGCGACAGAAGAUCAACACUGACGUCGACAAACUGAAAACCCUUGAUGCCACUUUUACCGGUAAAAAAUUGACUCAACUGUAUGUCACGGGAGAUUUGACUGGAUUAAUCCCUUGGAACAAAGAGCUCUUCAAAGAAACGCAGAAGCCCCUCCAAACGGAGACAAAGGAGGAGAGGCCCAAAUUUUUUGAUUCUCCUCAAACAAAACAAGACCAACAAGAUAAAGAGAAGAGAGUGGAGGAAGCAAAUAAAGCUGAACACAAAGAAGAACGGACGCAUCCAACAGGGUAUUCCAUGAAAAAGAGUACGCCACUGAGUGAAAGAAAAAGUGGCACUGAACAAAAGGAAGAGAGUCAAAAAACUGGUGAGAAGGAAAAGACGGAGAAUAAGGGCAAACCUAAAGAGGCAAAAUAUAAACAAACAAAGGCCACACGCGUUACCAAAGAACCUAAAGAAGACACAAAAGAGAAGAAUAAAGAAAACACAGGAGACCAACACCGCUGUAGUAAAGCCGAAGUCUUAGAGCCGAAGUUUUUGAAACACACAUGUCUUCCAUUGAUCAAAGAUUGGAUUCACUUGAGAAGGCACCAACUCUUAUUCAACGCGUGCGAGAGAUUUGACAUUGAAGAGUUCUGGAAAGCAGUUGAAGGGAAGUCUAACGUUGCGAUAGUUGUGAUGAACAACGACGAAGUCUUUGGAGUGUUUUCGCAAAGCCAACUCAUGAAAGGGAAGUGGACUGUCGACUAUUAUCACUUCGCAUUUAACAUCGCAAGAAAAUGCAAUGUAAUUAACAGACUAAUGUAUGGGAUUGAUGGGAAGGAAGGUGUCUCUAUUGGAGACAAAGACGUUGUAUUUGAGUUUGGGAAUCCACAGAUUGGGAGCGUCAAAGUUGCGAUGGUAGGGGAGUAUGGAAAGAUCGUGAAUGGCGAGAAGACAUACAAGUUCUCAGACAAUACCAUUCUUGGCGACGAACAAUUCAAGGUGAACCAAAUUGUAGCGUACCAGUUCAAUUGA